CCAGAUCUCAUUAUGCAUCAGAAAAAUGAAAAAACAGAGGAAAAUUCUAUGGAGGAAAGGAAUCCACUUAGCCUUUUCUGAGAAAUGGAACACUGGGUUCGGAGGCUUUAAGAAGUUCUACUUUCACCAACACUUGUGCAUUCUGAAAGCCAAGUUGGGAAGGCCAGUUACUUGGAGCAGGCAGUUGAGGCAUUUCCAGUGCAGAAAGAAGGCCCUUCAAAUCCAGAAAACGUGGAUCCAGGAUGAACCCCUUUUUGCUAAGACAAACUCCAAUGUGGCUGCUCACAAUGUUAGUACUUUGUCCUCUAAAGUGAAAAGAAAGGACACUAAACACUUCAUUUCCUCUUCAAGGACCCUCCUGAAACUCCAAGCAGAGAAGUUGCUGUCAUCAGCAGAGAAUUGUGACCAUGAAUACUGUGGAGAGAAGAGUUUCUUGAAGGCAGUUGCUGACUUACCAGCAAAUAGUAUUUUAGGUCAGGCCAAUGGUCACAGACCUAGGACAGAGCCACAAGCUUCUGACUUUCCCAUGAAGUUCAAUGGGGAGAGCCAAAGUCCAGGUGAGAGUGGCACGAUUGUGGUCACCUUGAACAACCAUAAGAGAAAGCGUUUUUGUUAUGGCUGCUACCAAGGGCUGGAGCAACACAGGAGUGGGGGACCCUUGAUUCCAAAAAAGUUCCAACUUAGCCAACAUAGAAGAGUAAAAGUAUCUCCUCUUAUGAUGUAUGAGAAAUUAUCCAUGAUUAGAUUUCGGUACAGGAUUCUCAGAUCACAGCACUUCAGAACAAAAAACAAAGUUUGCAAGCUAAAAAAAGCCCAGCAAAGCUGGGUGCAGGUCACUGGGGACCAUCAAGAGACCCUUAGGGAGAAAGGUGAGGGUGGCAGUUGCAGCCCAUUUCCUCCCCCAGAACCUAAAGACCCUUCUUGUCAGCGUCAACCAUACUUCCCAGAUAUGGACAGCAGUGCUGUGGUGAAGGGAACGAACUCUCAUAUGCCUGAUGGCCAUGCUAAAGGAAGCCCUUUCUUGGGCAAAGAGCUUAGUUUAGAUGAAGCAUUCCCUGACCAACAGAAUGGCAGUGCCACAUACUCCUGGGACCAGUCACCCUGUUCCUCUCCUAAGUGGGAGUGUACAGAGCUGAUUCAUGACAUCCCCUUACCAGAACAUCAUUCUAGUAACACGUUUGUCUCGGAAACUGAAAGAGAAGUUAUGACUCUGGGUCAGGAAAAUCGGACAAGUACUGUCAAUGAUGACAGACUAAAACUGUCAGUGUCUGGGACAGAUCAAUCUGUGAGUAGUGUAGACGGGCCUGUAUCCGAAGAGACUGUUCAGAAUAAGAGCUCAUGCCACAUGGAUGAGGAUGGAUCUCUCAAGCAGAACAUUCUUAGUUCUAAGUUGCUGGACCACCCUUACUGUAAAAGUCCACUGGAGGCUCCUUUGAUGUGCAGUGGACUCAAACUAGAAAAUCAAGUGGGAGGUGGGAAGAACAGUCAAAAAGCAUCUCCAGUGGAUGAUGAACAGCUGUCAGUCUGCCUUUCUGGAUUCCUAGAUGAGGUUAUGAAGAAGUAUGGCAGUUUGGUCCCACUCAGUGAAAAAGAUGUCCUUGGAAGAUUAAAAGAUGUCUUUAAUGAAGACUUUUCUAAUAGAAAACCGUUUAUCAAUAGGGAAAUAACAAACUAUCGGGCCAGACAUCAAAAAUGCAACUUCCGCAUCUUCUACAAUAAGCACAUGCUGGAUAUGGAUGAUCUAGCGACCCUAGAUGGUCAGAAUUGGCUGAAUGACCAGGUUAUUAAUAUGUACGGUGAGCUGAUAAUGGAUGCAGUCCCAGAAAAAGUUCACUUCUUCAACAGCUUUUUUCAUAGACAGCUGGUAACCAAAGGAUAUAACGGAGUAAAAAGAUGGACUAAAAAGGUGGAUUUGUUUAAAAAGAGUCUUCUGUUGAUUCCUAUUCACCUGGAAGUCCACUGGUCUCUCAUUACUGUGACACUCUCUAAUCGAAUUAUUUCAUUUUAUGAUUCCCAAGGCAUUCAUUUUAAGUUUUGUGUAGAGAAUAUAAGAAAGUAUUUGCUGACUGAAGCCAGAGAAAAAAAUAGACCUGAAUUUCUUCAGGGUUGGCAGACUGCUGUUACAAAGUGUAUUCCACAACAGAAAAAUGACAGUGACUGUGGAGUCUUUGUGCUCCAGUACUGCAAGUGCCUCGCCUUAGAGCAGCCUUUCCAGUUUUCCCAAGAAGACAUGCCCCGAGUGCGGAAGAGGAUUUACAAGGAGCUGUGUGAGUGCCGGCUCAUGGACUGAAACUCAGCAGGGACUCUGGGAAGUCUGACCAAGAUGGAGCAGAUGGUUUGUUACUUGAAUCUCCAAACACUUAUUUGAAUUUUUAUAGAUAUUUCAGAUCAGUGGUGUUGGGCCACUAUUGUUACCUCAAAUUUAUUUUUUGCCCUUAUUCAUUUCUCUAUCUACCAUGUACUAUUUUUUAAUGUUCAGUUUGGUUUCAUUUUUAUUUUUAUGGAUUCUGCGUGUUUCCCCCCAUAUUUAAUAUUUAUUAUCCAAACGCAUGCAUAUAGACAGAGCAUGCAGUGCAGAGUAUUAAAAAAAAAAAGAAAAAAAUACCUAGUAGAUUUGGUGCAGCUUUUGAAACUUAGUUAGACAUGAACUGAAUACAGGUUUAAAAUUUAAUACCAGAACCUAAAAAUGCAGGAUGUUUUUGAUACAACAUAACUCUGAGAAUAGUAGAUGUUCCCUGGGGCAUGAAGGGUAGUUAGGAGUGGUUUUGACAAAGCCAGUCCUGUUUUACUUCUACCAGCAGCACCUUUCACUGACUUCCCUUUCCAAGUGAGUCUUGGAGAGUGAGCUGCAUUCCUUUUGAAGGGUGAGAAGGAAGUGGCCAUAAACUGACUGGCGUGUUCUGUUUAUAGAGGCACACUUGCAGGCAUAGUGCCUGCUCUGGCAAGAGUUGACUAAGGUAUGAGAAAAAGACAACGAUCUUGAGGGUCCAGUUAUCUUAACACAUGGAGAGAUUUCAAUUUUGGUUUUAAGACGAAUUACAAUAAAUGCCCAAAUCUUACAAAUGCUAUUGCUGGAACAUUGAAUUCCCUGGAUUUUUCUGUUAUUGAUCAUUAAAAAACUUAAUAUCCAUCAAACUAGUGGUCAGACAAAUGAGAAUUCAGCCUAAGAGUAAUUUACAAGUUGUCACUUCCCUUCUGUUGUCUUCUAUAUGGAAGAAAUUAAGAUUUGCCAAAUACCUUUCUAUUUCAAGGGUAUUUAAAAUAUAAACAUUCAAAACCGAAGACUGACUUCAGGUCUUUUGCAGGUGGGUGGGGAGAAGAGAGGAAGGGUAAUAAAGACAACUUGAUUCUGUGGGAGUAAAGCAAAUGUCAUUACAGUUUGUUUCCUCUCGUCUCUUUAGUGAUCUCAGCAACAUGCAGGGCUCCUCAUCUGGCCUCUGCUUGACCAAGCCUGAGGCUCCAGCACAGGGAGCCCUUUUUUCCAGUCUGUGAACCUCAUCUUCUAGGGAAAGGCAGAAAUAGCCCUGUCCUUACACUUAGCUGCAUUAGGGUUAAAGUAAUGGAUCUUGCAUCUUUAGCCUUUUGUGAUAUUUGAAAGGAAAGGAAAUAAAGAAGGAUGCAUGUUAAACUCCCAAAUUAUCUUUUCUGAAUGGGGGCAGGAAAGACAAUAAAUGUGUAUAUAAGAAACUCAGAAGCUUGUACAGAAAAAUACCAAGUAAAUGGCAAAAGAUACUUGGAUUUAUGCCUCUUUAGGUGUGGGGUGUUGAAAAUAAAAAGCUAAAAUGUGCAGUUUAACUUUGCCGUUAAGGUGAGGCUGACUGCCAGCAGUUGAGAGUGGCGUCAGGACAUGUUUACACACAGGGUUCCCAUCCCCAGACAUUCCAAGCUCAACGCCAGUGUUUACAUUGUAAACAGCCCCAGCACUUUCCUGAGUCCCCCAGACUCCAACCCUUGGUGUAAAACCAGGUCAGUAUUUCUUGUUGUGCUUCAGGUCAUUAAAAAGACUGAGAUUAGAGGCACUUUAUGCUGCUACAGGUAGGGUUGUGUCAGCAUUAGGAAAGAUGACAAUUUAAAGUGGAGAGGAUGUCUUCUUCAAGUUUUCAGACAUAAUUAUGCAAACAUGCUAUUUUUCAAAUCUGUAAGUGAGACAUUUGCCUAACUUUUUUUU